UUACCACGAACAUCGCCGUUGCCGUAUAAAAAUGGAACCCUCAUAUGAUCACGAACAUCCACAUCAUCUGCUAACAAAUUACAAUUCGAAGAAGUAUCCACACGUCUCGCGCACUCCGGAGUACAGCCACUCCACGGGCAGCGAUUAUCCGGAGCAUGGUGGCUACCUAACGGAUGGGCGCCUGAUGCACGAGAGCAACAGCGAUGCCGGCAUCUACCACGUGCGCCAGGGAAGCGAGCACUCCUCGCCCAGUCUGCACUCGCCAGCCAUACAGAGCUCCGGAUACGAGAAUGAGCACCUGAACGAGGCGGUUCUGGCCGCGCACAGCCACAGCCACUCGCCCAUGCCGCUGGUGUCCAGUGCCUAUGUGGGCGGAGGAACUGCCUCCGGAUCGCUGAUUAACAGCAAUAUUCCUCUGCUCGGUGGCGGCGGUAAUUCGGUACUGAACAAAUUUCUAUCGCAUCCGCACGCUGGCAUGGUGGGCGGUGGAACCGGACAGAUGGAGGACUGCACAUCGCACUCGCCGAUUGAAGCGGCGUCCAUGUGGAGCUACGACUACAAGGGCGACCUGUGCGCCCCCAAUUGUGGCUAUCUGGAGCGGCACAAGCCGCUGCCCGCCGACCUCAAGUACCGGCCCGGCGGAACCCAGUCAAAAAGUGCCAAAGAAUCGCGCAUCCGGCGCCCGAUGAACGCCUUCAUGGUCUGGGCCAAGAUCGAGCGCAAGAAGCUGGCCGACGAGAAUCCCGAUCUGCAUAAUGCCGAUCUCAGCAAGAUGUUGGGAAAAAAAUGGCGAUCGCUGACGCCACAAGAUCGCAGACCCUACGUGGAGGAGGCGGAGCGUCUGCGAGUGAUUCAUAUGACGGAGCAUCCCAACUACAAGUACCGACCCCGCCGGCGCAAGCAGUCCAAGCUGCGGGCCAUGCAGCCGGGCGGCAAGGAGCAGAGCGAGAGUUCACCCAAUCCGGGCACUGGUGGAUCCAAGUCGAAUCCCAAGCUGGCGACACCUCCGUUGGUCAACGCAUCAUCCAGCUAUACAACGCCCACCGACGAAAGCACCUGCAAUUCCACGAACCAGAAUCACGGCCAGUCAACUCCAGGUGGCCUAUAUGAGCAACCGCUGAAGCCCACGUACUCGCCCAGUUCCGUGGACUGCUACAGCAAUGCGGACAGCACGGAACAGAUCGAGUCACUGGCCGCCAACUGUCCGCCCGCCCUGCUCAAUGAAUCGUCGCCCACGGGCGGUGGCUACGACAACUCGCUGUUGCUCAAGAAGUUAACCAAGCCGUCGCCGAGUCGUGCGGCCAAGUCGCGCCAGGAGAAGCUGGCCAAGUCCGAGGAGAAGAACAAGGGGUCGCAGUCGCAGGGACAGUCUCAGCAGGGUAUAUAUGCUGCCACCUAUCCGCUGGCACCCACCUCCGUGGCCGUGGUCGCAGCCAGGGGUAUGUACGUGACGUGCAACAAUCGGGGAUUGCUGGAUCAUGGUCACUCCGUCAAGGGCACAUUUUAUCCACCAGUAUCCGUUUCGGAAGAUGAAAAUAUCACCUCAAUGCGGAACAGCAUCAGUGCUCUGCAGCAGCACUGCAAUGUGGUCACAAGCACACCCUCAAGCUCCGCCGGUACCAUGCCAACCAGCGAGAUGAGCAGCUACACGGCCUCCAUGGCGGAUAACUGCGGAAAUCUGAGGCUCAGCAUGAACGAGUUGUCCGGCAAUGAGUAUCUGCCCAGCGCCAAUGCGUAUGGGAUGCAGUACGAGGACUUCCUGCGCUAUCAGAGCAACGACAUGGACUACUCAACGUCGGCGGUGGAGCACAAAGAGCCCACUUCGGAUUCGGCGAGCGGCCAGAAGUGCCUUAAGUAUCCGGACACGAAUCAGAACUACGACGACUACGAGGCAGAGGCCUACAGUAACGCCAUGCUGCCUGCAACGGCAGCUAGCUACUACACUCAACUUCCGUAUCCGCCCACCUCGCUGGCCGCCUUUCCACUCCAGCUGGCCGUGCCGUUCCAGCAGACGACAUCGGGCGCCUACGGAGCGCAGCCCAUCCAGAGUGGUUACCUGCACUACGGCAACUAUGGCGGAUACGAGGGAAUGGCCCAGAGUCAGCCGCAGAACCAAGCGCCCGUCCAGCAUCAGCAGGCAUCCCACUCGGCUCCGCCCUCCCUGUCAGCGCCACCCAACCAGACGGUGACCUCAAAUCCGGCAGCCAUUAGCAUGCAGCAGCACCAUAAUCAUCACUUUGGACCCGCACCCGGCAUGGUGGGCGUGGGCGUCGGAGUUGGAGUCGGAGUCGGAGUCGGUGAGAUGCUCUUCGAGCAGCAGCAGCGCAAAGAUGAUGAGAUUAGCAACAUUCUGGCAGGAGUGCGCAAGACCUGCUACAGCAACUGACUUUGAUCAGACAUUUGUAAUAUUUCGAGCCUAGUGUUUUAGAGAGUGGUUUAGGUAGUCUUAAGAUUGCUUUCCGCACCCACAAUGUUCUUCCAGCCCCUUCCCCAUAAAAUCUAGUAGUAGAACCCAUUGAAUUGUACAAUUAUUAGAACUGCAUAGAUACGAUACGAAACAAAAAAGAGACAUAACGAAAUAAACUAAUUCCUAAGUAAUCGAAA